GAGUCAUACUCCACUGAAAUCGAAAGUAGAAAUCAAGUUAAUGGAAAAGAUAUAUAUUCGUUAAAUUUUGGCACAAUUGCAUUACAUGACAGGGAUCCUGGUCGUGUUUGUCGAGUAUAACAGAUAGGGGAACACCUAAUUGUGUGACUGGCAUGACUCUCAAACAAGAAAAACGCGAUUCACUGACCAUAUAUAGAGCAGAAAUGAAUCUUUCCUUAUAUAGGCAUGUGGGACUCAGUCUAGAGUUCAAUACCCAGGACAUUCAUACCUCGUAUAAAUAUACCCCGGAAUCAUCGAUUUAAACUAGAAUGUUUUUAUAAAAUUCCAUCGGGGACACUACGUAGAGAGCGGAGCAUUGAGCUUAUUGAAUAUCAUAAUGGAGUCUGUAAAGAUCGCUCUGAUGCUGCUUUUAUCGACAAUGUCCACGGUGAAAGGAUCAGAUGUAAUUAAUGCCGUGGAGGUCAACACCCCGUCAGGCUGGGUCAGAGGUUACGAGGAAAACUAUGAGAAGGGUCAAGUAUACAGAUUUGUAAAAAUUCCGUUUGCGCAACCUCCUACAGGAAACCUACGUUUUCAGAAACCCCAACCAGUGGCAGACUGGGAAGAUGUGAAAGGAACAUCCAAUGAAAAUUCCCCUUCCUGUCCGCAAUGGGAUUUUCCAAUUCCCGGAUUUGACAAUUUAGAACAAAAUGAAGAUUGUUUGUAUCUAAAUAUUUACGUUCCUGGCAAAGUAUCAAGGGAACGCAAUCUUUCUGUAAUGGUUUGGAUUCACGGCGGUGGAUUCAGUAUGAGUGCAGGUAGUCAAUAUAAACCUCAGAAACUGGUUUUAGGUGGUGACGUCAUAGUUGUGACAAUCAAUUACAGACUUGGACUUUUAGGGUUUUUCACUCUGAAUGAUCCUUUACUGUCGGGUAAUUUUGGUCUUUGGGAUCAAAUUGAAGCUUUUCGUUGGGUUCAGAAGAAUAUUGAAGCAUUCGGAGGGAACCCUAAUUCUGUCACUAUAUUCGGAGAGUCAGCUGGUGGAAUGUCUGUCAGUCUGCAGACGUUGAUUCCUUCUAAUAAGGGACUGUUUCAACGUGCAAUUGCACAGAGUGGUGUGGCAUCGAUCUAUACGUUCUCAAAAAAGGAGAUGGAGAAGAAAACUGCAGACAUGCUUUUAGACAGAACUUCUUGUAACGAUAAAGAAGAUAUCUCUGAAAUUUUGAAGUGUCUUCAAAAUAUCCCCGUUGAAAAUAUUACAAAUUCUGUAACGAUAAUGGAUAUGCUGAAACCAUUGAAUACGUCUAUUGAUUUUGGAGGGUUUGUACCGAACGUGGACGGUGAAUUGAUAAAGGAAAAUUUAGCAUAUCCGGGUUCAUCGGAUGACGACAUUUACAGUUUCUUCCGUACCGUUGAUUAUAUGUCAGGGACACUUGAUGGGGAAGGAAAUAUGGAGUACCUUGGGAUAACUCCAGAAAUUCAGGAACAUUACGAAUUUAAUGUCACAGAAAAAAUACCAAGGCAAUUUCUGUGUGAAAUGACUGCUCCUGCAUUUGUGGAAAUGGCUGUUGGCAAUGCCCCAGAGUUAGCACAAGAAAUAUGUGACUUUUACACCGAUACAGAAAGCAUUGAAGCACAGAGUAACAAGAUUUGUGAUUUCAAAUGUGACCAUUUUUUCAUUGUUCCAAGUAAUGUCUUGUUAUCGAUUCACGCAAACAAUAAUAAAGAGACUAAUACCUUCCAGUAUUUGAUGACAAAACCCAGUCCUGCACAAUUCUUUGGAGAUCCGCCCGCCUGGUUUAAGGGAGCCAGACAUGGUGAUGACCUCUAUCAUUUUUUCAAAAUCUCCGUAGAAGAUUUACCAGAAGAGAAGCGUAAAGAUUUGGUUGAUGACGAUCCCCUGUCGGAAAAUGUUAUUCAGUACUGGGCCAACUUUGCAAAGUUUGGAAAUCCAAAUAGUGACAAAGUACCCGAAUGGCCAUCCUAUGACGUCAACAGCAAAAGAUACGUCAUUUUAGAUACGCAAAUCACAACCGACCAAAAUUUGAAAUCUGAAGCCACGACACUACUGAGUAAAAUAAUAGGGAAGGGUCGUCAGAGACUUGGACACGAUGAAUUAUAGCAUAGUUUAAUUUAACGUUAUUGUAUUAUAAGUCAUUCCAUGAUAAGAAAAGGGUAUUGCUACAUCUAUAUUUCAAAUUUUUUAAAUAAGAUUCAAUUUAUUAAAAAGAAGCAACGAUUAACUGAUAAGGUGUACUAUUGUGAAAAGUUUACUUUUCCUUUCUGCCCGUGACGGAAAAUUGAAGAAAUUAAAAUAUUCUAAGUGUUGACCAAUAAGGUGUACUAUUGAAGAAAAAAAAAGUUUUGUAGCGUGUAGCUGUCACCCAUCCAAGUACUGAUCACGGUCGCCGUGGACUGAACGUGCGCAAUCCAAAGAGACUGUUUCACAUCACAAGAAAAGCUAGCUCACCAGCGAGGCAGUAUAGAUUCUAUAAAUACUCUCCGCUAUACUUCCCCCAGUUCAGGGAAGCUUUAUUCCGAGUAGGAUGGGUUUUCCCUGAAUGUUUAGCAUCUCUUCAGCGACGGCAUGGCGGCCGCGGUGCGUGACGACAACCACUGUCGUCUAAAAAUCAAACCACAUCCUUACAAGGACACAAAAGUCCCAGAGCUACGAAAAGAUUCUACCUGAAACAGGUCUCCAACCAAACACCUGAAUCCCACCGCUUACACCGUUUUUGUUUAACUUGAGAUACACAAGAGAGAGGCAGUAUAACUUACCUAUACUUUGGUCGCUACACUUUUCCUUUCUGUCCGUAACGGGAAAGUGAAGAAAUUAAGAUUUACCUAGUAUUGAAUGGUGACCUUCACAAUCCUUUAUGACCUUCACGAUCCUUUUGACAAAUGAUCGAAUUAAUUAUAACUUUUCAAUGGGUGUUUUCUUUAUAAUUAGAUUUUACAGAAAAUAAUGCUUUUUGUUGUAAACUUCAUUGUUAAAAUGACAAAAAACUAUAGUUUGAGGGAUAAAACGUAUUUUCGAGAAAAAAAAAUUUUUGGGUUGGUUGUUUUGUUUGUUUUUGUUUGUUUUUUUUUUUUUUUCCUUUUAUUAAACUUAUUAAAUGAGAUACCAAAGAUUUGUAUUGAUCUACGACACAAUCAGUGAUCCAAAAUAUUGUCAUUGUCAUAUUGUCAUGAAAUAUCUCCAGAAUUAUUGUAAAUCAUGUUAUAACUAGAUAAAACAAAUACAUAACUAU